AUGUCCUACUUCCUCGUGCAUCUCCCCUCCGGCUGGCAUGUGGACCAGGCCAUUCUCACCGAGGAGGAGCGCGUCGUGUGCAUCCGCUUCGGCAGCGAUGCCGACCCGACGUGCAUGAAGAUGGACGAGACGCUCUAUGGCAUCGCCGAACGCGUCAAGAACUUCUGCCAGAUCUUCCUCGUCGAUAUUAAGGAGGUGCCGGACUUUAAUAAAGGGGGCAAGUAG